GUAAAGGACCUAACGAAGUACCUCGAUCCGAGCGGGCUUGGAGUCAUCAGCUUCGAAGAUUUCCAUCGGGGGAUCAGAGCUAUCAAAAAUGGAGAUCCUGACAGCCACUUGUAUGAUAUGGGAUAUACCCCCGAGGAGGAAGUCCCAGCCUGUCCUGAUGAGUUUGAUGACUUUGUCACGUUUGAGGCAAAUGAGGUGACUGACAGUGCUUACAUGGGCUCGGAGAGCACGUACAGCGAGUGCGAAACCUUCACGGAUGAGGACACCAGCACACUAGUCCAUCACGAGAUGCACGACGAGGUAGAAACGGACAGUGCCAUCGACUCCACCGUGCACUCGGAAUUCACAGAUCCCAUCGAGGAGCCGGAGCAUGGAUCUCAUCCGCACGACCUGCCCCUGGGUUCAGACCUCAGCCACUCCAUCGUUACGGUCAUUAGCGGAGAGGAGCACUUUGAGGAUUACGGAGAAGGGAACGAAGCAGAUUUGUUCUCGGAGGGCUUGUGUAAUGGGGAAAGCAGCUUUAAUAGCUCCUCAUUCCUCUCUCCCAGCACCAAUCCGCUCGCUGCGAAACUGCACAGCAUUAUCGCAGAUGAAGCAUUUGAGUUUUACUGUAGCCAGUGCCACAAACAAAUCAACCGCCUCGAGGAUCUUUCUGCUCGCCUGAAUGAUCUUGAAAUGAAUAGUCCGAAUAAGAGACUCUCAAGCAAGAAGGUGGCAAGGCAGUUGCAUCAGACGAGCGCGCUGUCUGCGGGAGUGAUGGAGGAGCCGUACCGGGAUACGCUGGAGUGUACAGAAGAGGACAUCACGGACAAGGUGGUGUUUCUGGAGAAGCGGGUGACGGAGCUAGAGAAGGACACGGCCGCUAACGGCGAGCAGCACAGCCGCCUCAAGCAAGAAAACCUGCAGCUCGUGCACAGAGCAAACGCUCUCGAGGAACAGCUGAAGGAGCAGGAGCUUCGAGCUGACCAAACACUCCUGGAAGAGAUCAAGAAGCAGAGGGAGCUGCUGAGCAAAAUGGAGAGGGAAAAGAGCAUCGAGAUUGAGAACCUGCAGGCCAGGCUGCAACAGCUGGAUGAUGAGAACAGCGAGCUGAGAUCCUGCGUCCCUUGUUUAAAAGCGAAUAUUGAAAGACUCGAGGAGGAGAAGCAGAAGCUGCUGGAUGAAAUCGAAGACCUCACUGUGCAGCUCGCGGAGGAGCAGGAGAAAAAGAGGAAGAUGGGCGACAAGCUGAGUCAGGAGAGGCACCAGUUUCAGAAGGAGAAGGAGUCGACGCAGGAGCUCAUCGAGGACCUCAGGAAGCAGCUGGAGCACUUGCAGCUCUUCAAACUGGAAGCUGAGCAGCGGAGGGGCAGGAGCAGCAGCAUGGGGCUCCAGGAGUACAACAGCAGGACGCGGGAGACAGAGCUGGAGCAAGAGAUCAAGCAGCUCAAGCAGGAUAACAGGAACCUGAAGGAGCAGAACGAUGAACUGAAUGGGCAGAUCAUUAACUUGAGCAUCCAGGGAGCCAAGAACCUCUUCUCAGCCUCCUUCUCUGAAUCCCUGGCAGCAGAGAUCAGCUCAGUCUCCAGAGACGAGCUCAUGGAAGCAAUUCAAAAGCAAGAGGAGAUCAACUUCCGUCUGCAGGAUUACAUCGACAGAAUCAUCGUGGCCAUCAUGGAGACGAACCCCUCCAUCCUGGAAGUGAAGUAAGGGCGGCCAAGAGCUGCCGGCUGCGUGCUCGUCGAUGGGUGUGGAUUUGGUGCUCUGAGAGGAUAAAGAGGGACUCCAAAACGUCUUUGCUCUUGAUGAAGGCACAAGGAAGCAUCGCGUCGGGUCG